AUGCGAGAAGUCGAAGCUGACGAAAUGGCACCACUUGGAGCCGAAUAUGAUUAUCCACCGUUUGGGAAAUUUUUCGAGACGAAGUUACUUCAACCGACGAUCUACUAUUUCCUGCUUUGGCGAGCGUUGGCCUGUCUAGUGCGCAAAUAUCUGUGGAAAGACUAUAGCGGUUUUCGAAAAUACCGUUUAUGCAAUUUGACGAUAUGCUUUUUACACUCAUUCUUCACGGGCAGUGCCGCACUCAUUUUCUUCUUUGCCAGGACAAGGGUUCUAUUUGAAGAGACGAUACACUGGUGGGAUGACUCGUGCGCGCACGUCUUUUUGUGCAGUAUUGGUUAUUUCAUACACGACACGUUGGAUAUGCUUUCAAAUGAAUGGUCAAAAUGGAUGAUUGAGCUUCUCUUCCAUCACACGUUGACCAUCAUCAUUUUUCUCGUCCAACUCACCUCCCAGCGAUUUCAGCCUUACGCCUUUUGGGUGCUGUUGAUGGAAGUGAGUAGCGCUUUCUUGCACGCUCGUUCACUCUUGCAAAUCUCGGGAGUCGGUGACCGCAAUUCGAAGUUCUUUCGAGGAUUUUUAUGGAGCAAUGUUAUUGUGUUCAUCGUCUUUCGUUUCUGUGUUCAAACGUGGCAAAUGUGGUGGAUUCUCGGAAAUGGCGAACGAAUGAUGCACUUUUACUAUUGUGUCGGUUUUUAUGGUGGUAUUGUCUUUUUGACGAUAAACGCUUUCCUCUUCUAUCGCGUUUUGGCGUCCGAUGGAUUUCUGGGUGAAAAGCGGCGCACGGCUAUGCCUAGCAGGGAGAAUCAAACUUUCACGAAAUCAAAUACACAGUUAAAGAAGAAUAAA